AUGCAGACUGCUUCACAAACAUUUUUGAAGAAUGGGUCACUCUCAGGAGCUCAGUGAAAUCAAGCAUGGUACCGCGAUAGGUUGCCACCUGUGCAAUAAGUCCAUCCAUGAAAUUUCCUUGUUACUAAAUAUUCCACGGUCAACUUUUAAUGGUUUUAUAAUAAAGUGGAAGCAACUGGGAACACCAGUAACUCAGCCACAAAGUAAGAGGGGUCAGCGCAUACUGAAGUGCACAGUGCGCAGAAGUCGCCAACUGUCUGCAGAGUCAAUAGCUAAAGACUUCCAAACUUCAAAUGGCCUUCAGAUUAGCACAGCAACAGUGCGUAAAGAGCUUUGGGUUUCCAUGGCU